AAGCCGGGCGGGCGCAGCAGCCGAGGCCGCGCGGUUGCCAAGCGACGGGCCCGGGCAGCGGCGCGGGCCCGGCUGAGGCGCAGGCAGCGGCCCCCGGGAUCCCGCCGGCGCUGAGCCUUCCUGCCCCACCCUGGCUGUGCUCUGCCGCCCCCCACCCCUCCUUCUCCUCCUCCUCUCCCCUCGCUCCGGCCUGCCCUUCCCCCUCAUGCGGCGACAGCGGCCGGAGAGGGGCCCGUGCCGCGGCCGCGCCGAGCCCCGACGCCUCUCACCUCUGCGCCGCCAGAUCCCGCAGGGAGCCGCGGGCGGUCUCUGCAGCGACAACAGCGGGUUUCUCACACAGAAACUGCUUCUGGAUGAGACUUCUGAUUAAAGGAACAUUUGGUUUACUCUAUCAAAGUAUUUUUGGUUUCUCUGUUCAUCGAAAUGACAGUGUUGAAACUUCCCAUUAACAUGUUGAGACUGACAUUGCUUAGUAAGGAACUUCAUGGUGGUGAUGUUUAUGCCAGAACAUAGUAAGCAAGGCAAAUUAACUCUAGCCUCUUGUAAACUUUUAAUUGACCAACACAAUGCAAUUGAGUAUGAAUUCCAGGCGGCUUUGGAGAUGAAAGAGGACUGAGCUCUCUGGCUGGAAGCUGAACGUGAUGACGGCCUGGUCUAUGGUAGGAAAGUUAAAAAUGGAGAAGAGGAACUCCAGAGAAGACAGAAAUGUGGAACAAGAUGCUGGGGAAUGCAGUGCUGAAUCUGAGGAAUGGACGAGCUCAGAAAGUGAACCUGAGCAACCAUACUUCAGAACCAGCUGUAGCCACACUCAGUGGAGAGAAAAGGAGGUUUCCACCAAACCACAUCGGCCGCUCUGUCGGUCCCCUUGUUUGGAUCGCCCAAGUUUUUCACAGAGCAGUAUCACACAAGACUUGAAGCUAGAUGAAUGCAAAGCAAAUUUGGACAAAGAAUACCAAGCUAAAAUGGAUUUUGCUUUAAAGCUUGGAUAUGCGGGAGAUCAGAUCCAGGCUGUACUGAAUAAACUGGGAGCAGAUGCCCUCAUCAAUGAUGUUUUGGCAGAGCUGGUGAGACUUGGUAACAAGAGUGAACCCGAGGGACAGAGCAGUGCCAGCAGUACCAUUAGCACUCUGGUGCCAAGAGGCCCUUGCACAAAGGAAAUAGCAAGCCCUGAAUUGUCACUUGAAGAUGAAGUUGUGGAUAACAGUGAUAACUUGAGGCCAAUUGUCAUUGAUGGAAGCAAUGUGGCUAUGAGCCAUGGGAAUAAAGAAGGAUUUUCCUGCCGGGGAAUUCAGCUAGCUGUUGAUUGGUUUCUGGAAAAAGGACACAAAGAUAUCACUGUGUUUGUGCCUGCAUGGAGAAAAGAACAGUCUCGACCUGAUGCACCAAUUACAGAUCAAGAAAUCUUACGUAAAUUGGAGAAAGAAAAAAUCCUUGUUUUCACUCCAUCUCGAAGAGUUCAGGGAAGGAGAGUGGUUUGCUAUGAUGAUCGGUUCAUAGUAAAACUUGCCUUUGACUCAGAUGGCAUCAUCGUAUCAAAUGACAACUACCGGGAUCUUCAAAAUGAAAAACCAGAAUGGAAGAAGUUCAUCGAGGAGCGGCUGCUCAUGUAUUCUUUUGUGAAUGACAAGUUUAUGCCUCCUGAUGAUCCUUUAGGACGCCAUGGUCCAAGCCUUGAAAAUUUCUUAAGGAAAAGGCCAGUUAUUCCUGAGCAUAAGAAACAACCAUGUCCUUAUGGUAAAAAGUGCACCUAUGGGCACAAAUGUAAAUAUUACCACCCAGAACGGGCAAACCAGCCUCAAAGGUCAGUAGCGGAUGAGCUUCGAAUAAGUGCCAAAUUAUCUGCUGUGAAAACUAUGAGUGAGGGAGCCUUGGCCAAAUGUGGCACAGGGCCAUCCAGCUCCAAAGGUGAAAUCAGUUCUGAAGUGAAGCGCAUUGCCCCAAAACGUCAGUCAGAUCCAAGCAUUAGAUCAGUAGCUGUGGAGCCUGAGGAAAAGUUCUCAGUAGCCCGGAAGUUCGAGGCCAGCUCUGUCCCGUCGCUGGUUACUGCGUUAAGUGUUCCAACACUCCCUCCUCCAAAAAGCCAUGCAGCUGGGGCAUUAAAUACUCGUUCUGCAAGCAGCCCGGUGCCAGGUUCCUCACAGUUCAUGCAUCAGAAAUCUUCACUGGAGCAUAUGUCCAGUGUGCAAUAUCCUCCUAUACUAGUCACCAAUAGCCAUGGCACCUCAGUUAGCUAUACUGAGCAGUAUCCCAAAUACGAGUCCUUGGGGGACCAUGGCUAUUACUCCUUACUCAGUGAUUUCUCCAACUUGAGCAUAAGUAGUAUCCGUAACACAGAUUAUUACGGGGCUGAUGUGGACCAGGGCAUAUAUUCUAGAAACUCAAGCCCCUGUCCUGACAAUUGCUUAAGCCAUACAAGUAAUGAUUCUUAUUCCUCUUACAAUGACUUGUACCUGGGUGUAGCAGAUGCCAGUCCAGAAGACAAUGUGAAGAUCCACAGACUGCCACCGCAAAAUCGUCUGCAGCCUUUUUCCCAUGGGUACCAUGAAGCCUUAAGUAGAGUUCAGAGUUACGGAGCUGAGGAGCCUAAGCAAGCCCUUCGCAAACAGUCAGUUUCCCACUUAGGCCUACAUGCUCAGCAUCCAGUUGUUGGAGCACGGUCCAGUUGUCCAGCAGAAUACCCUGUGCCUCAAAAUGUUCACCCAUCAACUUCCCAGCCAAGCCGUGCCUUGGUGAUGACAAGAAUGGACAGUAUUUCUGACUCACGGCUUUAUGAAAGUAACCCUGGGAGGCAGAGGAGGCCACCCCUGUGCCGGGAGCAGCAUGCCAGCUGGGACCCAUUGCCUUGUGCAUCAGACUCUUACACUUACCACUCGUAUCCGCUGAGUAACAAUCUCAUGCAGCCGUGUUACGAACCUGUAAUGGUAAGAAGCAUGCCUGAGAAGAUGGAGCAGCUCUGGAGGAACCCCUGGAUCGGGAUAUGUGGUGAGCCACAGGAACCACGUAUCAUCCCAGAACAUCAGUAUCAAACAUACAAGAACCUUUGCAAUAUUUUCCCUCCUAGCAUUGUUCUUUCAGUGAUGGAAAAGAAUCCCCACAUGACAGAUGCACAACAGCUGGCAGCUAUGAUUGUUGCCAAAUUAAGAACAGGGCGUUGAAGCUUUGUAGCCUCUUUUGGAUAAGGGAAACUGGACAGCAUACAGGGCCUGGGGGAGAGCUGAAAUGAAGAAGGAGGGAUCUGUUGUAAAUAUUUUCUACUAAGAUGGUAUAAAAUUCUGUACACAGUAGCAAUUAAUAUACUUAAUAUACUUAUAUUCGCUAUAGAAGAAUUGACUGUAUUGUAAAUUUUAAGAUUUUAAAUAUAGGGAUUUUUAAUAGCAUUUUAUAGGAAAUGCAUACCUUGCUGCAUGGAUAGCUCAUUAAGAAUUACAAUGUCACAUCCAGUGUCUCAAAGCUGUUACUACAAAAUUAUUGUUAGCAAUUAUAUUGCAUGUAUCAGUGUACACUUUCAAUUUGCUUAUAAAUACCGAAUGGGCCUAUUAACAAUUUGCUCUGUACAUACCCAGCUGAGUCCUGGGAUUUCAGCUUUGCCAUUGACACUGCCUGCUGCCAUAUCAAAUAUUGAGGAAAAAGUAAACUUGACAAAAAAUGAAAAUGCUCAAUUUGUAAAAGGAGAAGCUGACUUCAGCUUUUGAAUGUCAAUAUUGUUGUUGGGACUUAAAUUUCAAAACUGUUCCCAAGAGUUUGAGUAUCUAUUAUGUUGUCCAAUCCAUUGGCUCAAGCCAUCAGAAGGGAAACACUAUUAAAUUAGGACCAAAACUCAAUAAACUACAGGGAGCUUAACUGUAGCUUCUCUCUUCAGAAUCACCUCUGCACUGUGCAGGAAUCACCUGCUGGCCCAGAUGACUAGACAAGCUGAAAGUAAAUUGUCAGGUUUGUGUAAAUGGGAUUACUCGACCUGAAGCAGCAGAAACUGGAUGUUAACAUGAAGUUCAUCAGUAACCACGGCCCUUCCUCGUCAGGGAGGAUGGUGUCUGAGUGAGCCUGACAUCCUGAGGGCUGUACAAGAGCAACUGGAGGAGGGGAUGGAGGCUGCUUCUUGAAAAGAGGUGUUGCAGUUUGGGGGUGUGGCAAAGCUAGCCUGGUUCUGGCUGUUCAGAUCCAGCAAAGGUGUGCAUUUGCCUCAGGAAGGCUUUCAGAGGUCCUGUUUCAACAGGUGACUUAACUUACUGUGCCAUUGUUUGCACAACUGGGACCUUGCUCUCGGUGGGAACCUUUGUAGCUAAAUGUCUCCAAAAGAGGCGUUUGUUGUUUUUUAAGCUGCACUGACUGGACGCCCUUUUUUGAAUCCAUUGUAUAUUUCAGCAUUUCGAACCAUUACUAACUCGAUAUGUCUCGAGCUAGGACUUGUUGACUUCUACUGUAGUUUUUUUUCAUGAAAGUCGAGAAGGCCUGGUUUCUGGCCUUUUGUUUCUUCAUGAGAAGGUGUGACACUGCCUAAAUGUUUCUUACUGUGAAACACACUGAACGUGAGGCUGCAGUCAGGGUUGUUUCUGGUGUUUUGAUAAUGGCUUGCAUGCUGCUUUCCAGUUAUCUGUUUGAGGAACAAAGCUGUAUAAUUUCCUCCACUUGUGUUACUGUAAUGGUUGGUUUGAUUCAAAAUACCUUGGGAGCUCUUUAUCAUGUGCAAAAUAUGUUCCUGUUACAUCAAAAAAACAAGCCAAACCCAAACCAACAACAAACCACAAUUACAGGUGCAACUACAGUUCAUUUACACAGGAUAAAUAUUCGUGUGUUGGUACAGGUAACAUACAUAAUGACCAUGUCAGUAUGGAUUUGAAAUAAGUUAUCUUGAAGGUGAUUCAGUAUUUACACUUGGUGUUUAAAAUUAGCUUAAGGUUUAGUGAGUUGGUUAUUGUCUCUGUUAAUGGAGAAAAAAAAUCUCCAGGCAUUUAUAAUAAUUGGGGAAAACAGGUUUACCUCUUGACUAGUUUUCAAAAAUAUUUUUCACUAAUCAUUUUGUAUUUUUAAUUUGCAAUUAAUUCUUAUUCUCUUCUCUUGCAUGGUAUAAGCAGCUGAGAGCAAUGCCUCAAAUAACCAGAAAUGACCUUUUGUUUGUUGAUACAAAUUGUAUCUCUUUUUUCUUGAUUGUAUAAAAACUGUGUAUAAAAAGAUAUAAUUCUCUAGAUUAACUUCAGUAUUACAUUUUCACCACAACGUUUGUGACACCAUGUGUCACAGGGAAGUAGCCCAUGAGUAAUUAUUUAAACUUAUUUAAAAUGGGCACUUGUUAAUAGACAAACAAGGACAACUUUUCAGAACCAGUUUAUUAUGUACACAGAUACUGUGUGUACACCUCAAAGCAUUAUUACAUAGUUCUCUUUAGUCUAUUUAUUAAGCAGAUACAUUCUUGCACUAAACUUUAUGUAAAAAUGUUGCUGUUAACUCAUCUGCAUGUGUUUAAAUGUACCAAUAUAAUUGGACCCUGCUUUACUCUUAACGGGUUAAUUUAUAAAUUAUAAAUUAUUUAGGUAUCAAAUGAAGUUUAUUGUGCACUCACGUUUUCCAUCUUGCAUGGAAUUAAAUAUUUGUAUGUAGAAAAAUGUUUGUUCCCUUUUUCUCGAAUUACCAAUAUAAGCUAUUUUAAGGAGAGGUUAGGAGGUAUUUUUUAUGUUUUCCAAUGUGGAAAACUAAGCAGAAGUUUCUGUUGGAAGUGUUGGGUGGUUUAGGGAGAUACUAGUUUUUGCAGGAUUUGUCUGGUCAUUUUAAUUUUCACUAACUUUUGUCUUAUGGAUAGAAUAAUUACUUUUUAACAAUGGGAAUGCUGUGCCAAUCCCAACCCAGCAUACUAUUUCCCUAAGGCACUUGGAAGGCAAAUUGUCCUUUUCUAAGAAGCUGUUAGCACCUUAGAUGGGUGGUUAGACAGUGUAGCCUUGUGGAAAUAAUCUGCAAAUUUUGUGCUUGUUUAGUCCUCAGAAGUAAUGAAACUUUUGUAUGUGAUGUUGUCUUCCCUCAUCAACUACUUUAAGUGGUAAUUCAAUCAUCCACAUCUGUUUUCAGAUACAUUUACAAGCCUGACACGUUCAUUCAUCUUCAGAGCAUAAGCUUAGAUUUCUUCUUACCUGGAAGAGUUGAUCUUAACACCUGAUCAAAACUGUCUAUAUUGUAAAUACAAGACUUUGUAUAAAUGCUCUUUUUUGAGAGCAUGGUAUUUAAAUGUUUUUAAAACUGUGAAAGAACAGUCCUAGAAACUAUAUUUUAAUAAAAUCCAUGGAUUAGAAUUCUAGGUCAGAAAAAAAAAUAAAGUGGGGAGGCCUGGCCUUCUGCAAAUAGCAAGAGCUGAGGAGUGGACUUCAGUGCUUUACUGGGGCCAGAGCGUUCUCUGGGAAUUCUGGUUUACUGAUCUUUCAUCUUUAGCUACAUAACUUUCACAUAAUUUGUAACUUGAAAGUGUGUAACCUCCAAUUCAUGAAUCAAAAAUCUAACACUUUGUAGGACAUCAGUGGCAAUUAUUGUUUUUUGUAAGAAUUACAUGUCAGUGAUCUAUUCAAUUGUACUUAGAUGAUUUCAUUACUUAGUUCUGUUGUUGUAUUGAGCUGUAGUAGUUGGCUUUAUUUAUUUGUAGAAUUAAACAUUACUGUUUAAUUGUCGUAAAAUUUUGUAAAUCUCUUUGGGUUUUUUUGGUUGACCCAAAUAUAAUGUAAGUCUUGAAGACAACAUGAGUGACUAUGGCUGUGAAACCAGUGUGGCAUUUCUAAGUCUCUGUAGUAAUGAGUGUGAACUGCUGUAGUUGCUGCUGCCCUCGCACCAGUCUUCUGUAAAAGUGCUUGGACUGUGAACAGAAACACAGAAGGUGUGGCUGCUUAGAAAAAGCAGGAAGAUCCUAAUUAAAAAAACAACAACAACCACACACAAAAAACCCCCAAACAAAUAAUUAAAAAAACAACCCACAAACACACAAAGAAAAGCACCAAAAUGUAUCUAGGAGAGUUCCUCCCUACAUGCUUUUAAUGCCAGUUUGCCUCAAAUAAUUCUGGCAUUUUGAAAUUCUUAAUAAUAAAGUCAGAGCAUGCAAAGGGUCUGCUCCAAUAGUUCAGCUAAAAAAUCCUAGGUGACCUCUGCAUGUUUAGCUGUGAUGGACACCAGACCCCAGGCAGGAACCUUUCAAGGAACAAUGUUUGACCACAGUAAUUUUUAGAACCCCAUGCUACAGAGAAGGAACAUGCGUUGAUGAUGUAGGACUUUUCUCCACAGAGCUGAAAUGCUAUUUUAUCUUCACUUGCCCAAAGUUUACCUGAGGCAUGAGUACUACAGGACUCAGAGCAGUCAAAUGAUUAUUUCUGUUAAAUCUAGGGUGAGAGUUCAGCUUUUAUACUUCUCUUAUGCACCCAGAGCUUGUCUGUAUGACAGAGUCAUUAACUAUUUCCUGCUGUAUUUCAACUGAAAAAAUAUAAGUGCACUGUCCCUUAAAUUAUUCUCAUUACCAGUGAUCACUGCCUUUGGAGAGCUGUUACACAGGAUCUAUGGUAUUUAAAGCUUGCAAAUGUAUUUUUUAAAAUUGAGAGAAGAAUCUAAGAGAAGGCUGACCUGUGUGUGUCUGUGUCCCCCCCCGCCCCAGUGUAAAAGGUUUGCACAAUUAUUUAAUAAUAUUAAACUUCUUAUACUUUAUAUAUAUAUAGAGAGAGAGAGAGAGAGAUGCUUAUUUAAUAAAACUGAGAGCCAUUGGA